CAGUAUGGUCAGUUGGUGAUUCUCAGUAAGCUCUGCUUCUCAUCGGAUCCUUCGUCAAUUAUUGUGCUAAAUCUGCGAAAGCAUGGCCCGUCUUUCCUCUACCAGUCCGUGAUCCAAUUGAGUUCCUUUUCCUCUGUGUGGACUUCUGAAGUGUUGUGUUUGGGACUUCGGAUUAGGGUUGUUAUAACUUAUUCCCAAAAUAGCUGAACUGGUGUUAUAUGUGAUGGGUGAAAAUGUGUUGGAUAAUAUAUUAAUGGACCUUGAUUUGAACCAAGAACCUCCGGACCCGCCUCCCGAUUCAGUCUUAGGAUUCAGAUCUAUCUUAAACACUUUGGAGAGUGCCCACAGUCGGAUAGAGGAGAGAAUCCGACAUCUUGAAUCCGUGACGGCCCGAGCUUGGGAACGCCAUAGGUUGCGCCGCACUCAAAAUUUUUCAGAUACUUUUGAUGGACAAAUUGGUAAUUCUGCUGUUGUGGGUGUGAGUUCUGGUGGUGGGAGAGGACACAAAAGGGACAACAGCCAUUUGGUGGCAAAGGCAUUGGCUAUGGAUUCUAAUGCGAAGAAGGGUCACAAGGAUGGUGCAACCUUUUUUGAUUGUAACGUAUGCUUAACCACGGCGCGGGAGCCUGUUUUGACUUGUUGUGGUCAUUUGUACUGUUGGUCGUGCUUUUUUCAGUUGCCAUAUGUUGAUUCUAUGGUCAAGGAGUGUCCCGUUUGCAUGGGAGAUGUUUCAGAUGGUAAGAUCAUUCCUAUCUAUUGUAAUGGCAUCAGUAACUGUGGGACAAAGCCAGAGUCUGGUCCAAAGAUACCACCAAGACCAAAAGCGCAUCGAGUAGAAAGUGUUAGACAGCAACAUCUGGCAAGGGGCUUAUCUCAUAUUCCAGUGGCGGAAGCACUAAGGCGAAUCAGGGCCAGUAUUGGAAUGCUGGAGCCACUAAAUCCGCUAGAGCAAAUUGGCAUUAAUGUGGAUGUUGCUACUACACCUUCUCAGCCUCAGGAGCUCCCAAAUGGAGGUGACAGCCGCCGUGUACGUUCCCGUGAGUUCUCAAGGGUAUUAUCGGAAAGUGCUGCUUCUCUGUCUUCAGAACUAGAUAACGCGCAACGCAUAUUUGAGGACCUUGCUGCAUCAAUUUCUGACCGCUUAUCACAAAGGGACGGCGCUCAAGAUUCAUCGACAGCUGGCGACUCUUUUGUAAGAGAAAAUAACGGUGCACGACUGGAGCACCAAAUUCUGGAAACCCCAACUGAGAUAAGUUCUUCUGCAUCUAUUCCUCCCUCAUCUCGCGGAAAUGAAGAUUCCGAUGCUGUUGUACAAUUGGUAAACCUGAUACCCACCACAAGUGGUGAAAGGGAUCAGCCCUUUACUCGUUCUUCUUCAUCUUCCAGGAUAAGGUUUUCUUUGUUCAGAUUUUCAGAUGUCAAUAAUGAUGGUUCUGACCGUGAAACUAGAAGAAGAUUGAACUGACGACUUCUAACUAAUAAGGUUAGAAGAAAAUUGUUGAUUUGCUCACAUUUGCCCGAUUUAGUGAUUGGUCACUAUGGCGGAAUUUGUGAUCUAUGGGUUCUUCAACAAGUGUUAACCAUGCAAAGUGCAAGUCGGUUGUAACUUGUAAGCUUGUAAAGAGGUUAUAUUUUUCCUGUCAUUGAGCAUGUUUACAGGCUGAAAUAUAGUGUUGACAAAUGUUACGAAAGUUUUCAAGGGUACCCUGACUUUCCUUGUAUCAUCAAAAUGAAGAUGCAGCUCACCC